CUCCCCAGAGGAAUUUCGAAAUCGCCUUUAAGAUGUUUGAUCUGAAUGGUGACGGCGAGGUGGACAUGGAAGAGUUUGAGCAGGUCCAGAGCAUCAUUCGCUCCCAAACCAGCAUGGGCAUGCGCCACAGAGACCGGUCUACGACGGGGAACACCCUGAAAACUGGCUUCAACUCUGCGUUGACAACGUACUUCUUUGGGGCAGAUCUGAAGGGGAAGCUGACCAUCUCCCACUUCCUCGACUUCCAGCGCAAACUGCAGCACGAUAUUCUGAAGCUCGAGUUUGAGCGACACGACCCGGUGGAGGGGCGGAUCACGGAGCGGCAGUUCGGCAGCAUGCUGCUGGCCUACAGUGGGGUGCAAUCCAAAAAGCUCACGGUCAUGCUGAAGCAGCUCAAGAAGCACUUCCAAGACGGAGAGGGGCUGACGUUUGAGGAGGUGGAGAGCUUCUUCACUUUUCUGAAGAACAUAAAUGACGUGGACACGGCUUUGAGCUUCUACCACAUGGCUGGAGCUUCGCUUGAUAAAGUGACGAUGCAGCAAGUGGCCAGGACGGUGGCCAAGGUGGAGCUCUCCGACCACGUGUGCGACGUGGUGUUCGCGCUCUUCGACUGCGACGGGAACGGCGAGCUGAGCAACAAGGAGUUUGUUGCCAUAAUGAAGCAGCGCCUUAUGAGAGGUUUGGAGAAACCCAAGGACAUGGGCUUCACGCGCCUCAUGCGAGCGAUGUGGAAAUGCGCCCAGGAGACGGCGUGGGACUUCACCAUGCCCAAGCAGUAG